AUGCCUGGCCACCCGGGCAAUGGCCGUGUACUUGAUACUGACUGGGCUGAUGUCGAAACUAUUACAAGAUGGAAGCACAAAUGCGUUUCAUCCCAUGGUGCCAGGUGCGAAAAUCCCAUCAAAGUCUGGCCCACGCGCCCUGCUUGGCUAGUCGACGCACAGAAACAUUGCAUUGUCCCAGGCUUCGAACCCGUUGACUGCGCGACAAUAAGUUACACCUACGGAAGCCAUACUCAACCUAUAAUGACCUCAAACGCCCUCAAAGAGCCACAAGAGCUUUUCGCUCUGGCAACUCCCGAGUUCUCAGACCUUGUUUCGCCUAUCAUCCGCCGCGCCAUGUAUCUAAUCCCGGCUAUUGACGAGCGGUAUCUCUGGGUAGACGCACUCUGUGUCACUCACCACGACCCCGGGGUUGCUUCCCACCACUUGAGGUCACUGGGGACCAUCUAUACAAAUACAGUUGUGACGAUCAUCGCCACAGAUGGCGACUCUGGGUUCUGGAUACCUGGUGUCAAGGGUAUAUUUGGCCCCUGA